GAGUGUCGAAUCAAAGUGUUGCGUUUUCUCCUCCAUCACACUAAACUGCUAUUUUAUCAAGUGGUUGCAAAGUGAUUUUUUUCUUCUCUUCAUUUGAACAAUCUGCAGGAUAACAAUUGAGAUAGUGGCGUCUUCUACAGUGGAAGUCUGAGGGAAGGAAUUGUCAAAUGACACGCUAAAGAGUGUUCUGACACCGUAAGCAAUCAAUCAACGGCCAUAGGGAUUUGGAAGAGGAUAGAAAGUGAGAAGUGAAGACAGAAGGGAAGAGAGGAUCAGUUUUGCUGCUACUGCAACUCAUGUGCCAUCAGUGAGAAGGGGUGAAAGGAUGUCGACGCAAAUCUACUACAAGGAUCGCCUGGGCUUCGAUCCUCGCGAGGAUAUCAUUGAGGGCAGCGCGCCCAGGAGUGGGCACAAGGCCAAGCUGCACGAGGGAAGCCCUUACAAGGAGGACAGCCCGCCAAAGAGACUCAAAGACCAACAUGGCGGCUACGAAGAUGCUCUGACACAAUUCAAAGAUGAACGCGACGCUAUUCAGAAGAAAACCUUCACGAAAUGGGUCAAUAAACACUUGAGCAAGGCGGGAAAGAGGAUUCACGAUUUGUUUGAGGAUCUUCGCGAUGGAAGGAAUUUGCUCACGCUUCUUGAGGUGCUUUCCGGAGAGAAUCUGCCACGUGAAAAGGGAAAUAUGCGAUUUCACAUGCUCCAAAAUGCUCAAAUGGCACUGGAUUUUCUCCGGUACAAGAAGAUCAAAUUGGUCAAUAUCCGUGCUGAAGAUAUCGUAGAUGGAAAUCCGAAAUUGACUCUUGGACUUAUUUGGACGAUAAUUCUCCACUUCCAGAUAAGUGACAUUGUUGUGGGACACGAUGACAAUCUGACCGCCAAGGAGGCGCUGCUGCAGUGGGCCAGGAAGUCCACAGCUCGGUAUCCGGGCGUGAAGGUGAACGAUUUCACGAGCUCAUGGCGCGAUGGUUUGGCCUUUUCGGCCAUCAUUCAUCGCAAUCGUCCGGACAUCAUCAGCUGGCGCGAUGCGCGAUCUGCGAAGCCUCGCGAGCGCCUGGACACGGCCUUCCAUGUGGUGGAGAAGGAGUACGGCGUGACACGCCUGCUGGAUCCUGAGGAUGUGGACACCAAUGAGCCUGACGAGAAGUCCUUGAUCACGUACAUCAGCUCGCUGUACGAUGUCUUCCCGGAGCCGCCGGCGAUGCAUCCGCUGUACGACUCUGAUGCGCAACGCCGAAUGCACGAGUACAAGGAGGCGGCGCAGGAGUUCCUGUACUGGUGCAAGGAGAAGACGUCCCUGCUACAGGAACGAGUCUUCCCGGCGUCGCUGAUUGAAUUGAAGCAGCUGCUGGCAGAUCUGCACCAGUUCAGGACCGAGGAGGUGGCGCAGAAGCAUCAGGACUUGUCCAAUCUGAACGUCAUCUAUGAGCAGCUGAAGAAGUACUUCGAGGCGGUGACGGAGGAGGAAAUCGAUGUGGCGUACCGCCCGAAGGCGCUUAAUAUCGCCUGGGAGCGUCUGAUGCGGGCGCUGGGGGAUCGCGAGAGGCAGCUGCAGCAGGAGACAGACCGCCUGGACAGCUAUGAUCGGCUGGUGGACAAGGUGUUCAGGGAGAUCAAGAGGAUCGACUUCAAGCUGACGGACAUUGAGUCGCGCAUCGCGAAGGAAAGUCGCAAUCUCGACAGGAUGCAUCCGAUCGAUGCGAAGAAUGUGGUGGAGAGCAUUGAGACGGAUUUGCGGCAUUUAGAACAGCCGCUGAACCAGGUGAGUUCUGAUGUCAGCGUGCUAGAGAACUCAAACUGUCCGGAGGCGAGGGAGUUGAGGAAGGAGGUGAACAAACUUUGCCAGCGCUGGUCGCAAAUCCGUGCCACUUUCCACACCAGCAUGGUGCAGAAGUUGGCCGGGCUGAGCUAUCCCAUUCAGGAGACCACUGUGACCAGGCAGACGAGAACGGUGCUGGAGACGCGCCAGGUGGACACGAAUCCGUACUUCAGGGAUUUGCAGGAGUACACGGAGUGGUGUCAGAAUAAGCUGAAGAAACUCCUGGCAGCGGAAUAUGGCACAGAUCUGGCCACGGUGAAGAGUGAGCUGCAGAAGCAUCAGCAGGAGCACAAGACGAUUGAUCAAUUCCACUCGAAGAUUGUCCAUGCGGAGAGGCAGAAGAACAAUUUCUCCGGAGAUGAGUACACGCUCUAUUCCCAGAGAUUGAAUCAGCUGCAGAACUUGUACGCUGACCUCUUGAGCACCUCGACGAAGCGUCUGUCUGAUCUGGAUGCGCUGCAGGACUUCCUGCAGGCGGCGACGAAUGAGCUGAACUGGCUGAAUGAAAAGGAGAGGAUCGAGAUCAACCGUGACUGGGCAGACAAGAAUCUGGAUCUCACCUCUGUCCAUCGCUACUAUGAGACACUGAUGAGUGAGCUGGAGGCCAGGGAGAUGCAAUUCGCGGACAUUGUGGAUCGUGGAGAGAAACUUGUGUCACAAGCUCAUCCGGCGGCGAAGUGCAUCGAAGCGCAUCUCAGUGCGCUUCAGUACAAGUGGUCGUGGCUUCUGCAGUUGACGCUGUGCCUGGAGAUUCAUCUGAAGCACGCCUCUGAGCAUCACGCCUUCUUCCAGGAGGUCAAGGAGGCGGAAUCGUGGCUGACAAAGCAGGAGGAGAGGCUGAACAGCAAGUACAGCCAGACGGACUUCAGUCUGGAUCAGGGAGAGGCGCUGCUCAGGGGCAUGCAAGAGCUGAGGGAGGAGUUCAACAACUACGGCGAUGUCGUCCAGGCGCUGAUCCAGCGCUCACACACCAUUGUGCCUCUGCACGAGCGCAAGCAGGGCGUCCUGCAGCCGAAACCCGUGCACUCGAUCUGCUCGUACAAACAAGGCCAGGUGUCUGUGGACAAGGGACAGACGCACACGCUCCUGGACACUUAUGGGCGCGUGAAGUGGCGCGUGCAGGUACGAGGCCAGGAAGCUCUGAUUCCCGGCGUGUGCUUCACGCUGCCGCCGCCCAAUGCGAAGGCAAUUGAGGACGCGGAGCGGCUGAGGAAGCACUUCGAUCGGUUGAUUGCGCUGUGGCAGAAGAAACAGCUGAGACUCAGGCAGAACAUGAUCUUCGCCACUAUCAAAGUGGUGAAGGACUGGGACUUUGAGCAGUUCCUGGCCAUGGGACCGGAGCAGAGGAAUGCCAUUCGACGGGCGCUCAACGAUGAUGCUGACAAGCUGAUCGCCGAGGGAGAUCCCAAUGAUCCGCAGCUGAGGCGUCUGCGCAGGGAGAUGGACGAGGUGAAUGCGAUCUUCGAUGAGUUCGAGAAGCGCGCCAGGGCUGAAGAGGAGAGCAAACAGGCGAGUCAGCGCUUCUUGGAGCAAUGCAUCGCCAUCAAGACAAAUCUGGAGUCUCUGGCCAGGGAAUUGGAGCACAUCAUCUCCUCUCCACUCCCCAGGGAUCGUGACUCUCUGGAGUAUGCCAAGCGCAUUCACUCGGACUUUGAGCUGCGCUUGGCGCAGGAAGAGGUGCCGGUGAAGCGCUUCCAGGAGACAUUCCGCAACAUUCCGUUGAAGACGCCGGCGCUGAAGAAGAGCCUGGACAAUCUGAUGGACCUGUGGCAGGAGAUCAACUCGCAGAGCAAGCUGCAUGGGCAGCGUCUGAAGCUGCUGGAGGAGGGCCUGAUGGAACUGGAGAUGAAUGAGCAAGUGUAUGAGGAGGUGGACGCUGAUCUGGCCAACUUCACGGUGGUGCCCAAUAGGUUGGAGGAGCUGCGCGAUGUGCUGCAGCGACUGCACAAACUCAGGUCCGUUGUGACGGCGCAGCAGUUCCACAUUGAUAAGAUGAACACGGCAGUGGAUCAGCUGGGUAGAAUGGGCGUGCCGACGAAGGUGGUGGGCGAUCUCAAGCGGAUACAUUCCACGGUGGAGCACUUCAAUGUCAAGUGGAACAAUCUGGAGCGGAAGCUGGACACCAGAAUCCGGGAGUGCGAGUCCGCCCAGAGCUUCAUGACGAAUCUGCGCUCGAGUCAGGUGAAGGAGGAGACGUGGAUUGAUGGCGCCACGGAGGAAUUGAUGGCCAUGCCGCCGCCAACAGCUGCCCAGGAGCUCGAUCAAGCCAUCUUUGAGAAGUAUUCUGUGUGCGAAGAUGAGCUGGGCAAGCAGCUGGAAUGGAUUGGCAAUGUGGAGGCGAAGCUGGCCAACAUUGGUGGUCCGUCAGACGUGGAGGAAGGCAUUCGGCACCAGGUGAACACGCUGAACGCCAUCAAGGAUGAGAUUGACUCACAUCAGCGUGUCGUUGUGACUUGCCUUGAGCAGGUGCGCCACAUUUCCUUGACUGGUGGUGAUGCCUUCAGUGCUCCCGAGGUUGCCAGCCUCGAGCGUCGCGGGAAUGAGCUGAAGUCCCGCGUGGAGCGUGCCAAUGAAGUGUGCUACAAAUUUGCCAAGAAGAUUGUCUACUUGAGAGAUGAACUGGUGCGCCUGAGAACGGAACUGAAUGGCUUCUCCUCGUGGCUGACAUCUGCCAGGCACACACUUGAGGAGAAGGAGAAGAAUCUUCACCAACUGCGCAUUGUGCCGUCGAAUCAGGACAAUAUCAGGGACUUUGUCAGCGAUGUUAUUGCUCAUCAGGCCGACUUGAGAUUCAUCACGAUAAGCGUGCAGAAGUAUUUCGAUGACAAGGCGGAGUUCCUGCACUACUUGAAUGACUUCCGCACUCAUUUGCCGAAUAGAUUGUCCCAUGUGGAGCAGAUUGUCAACAGUCCGAUCGAGCAGGACUUACAGCAAGUCACUGUGCACUAUAAGGAUCUGCUGUCGCGGGUGAAUCACCUGCAGGACGCGAUGCAGACGCUGGGAAGUAGGCAGAGGGAGUACAAUGACGCCGUGGAGGCGGCCAAGAAGUGGCUGACAGAGAUUCAACCCAGAGUUGAUGGCCUCCUGGCGGAGCCAAUGAGCUCCGAUCCGGUGAUCAUACAGAGUCAGAUGAGCCAGACCAAGGUGCUGUACAGCGAAGUUGUGUCCAAUGGGCGGCUGAUUGACAAUGCUCAGCAGAGUCUGGAGGCUCUGCUGCGUGUCCUGCCGAAGAACAUCAGCAGUCUGGAGGUGCAGAGUCUGGAGAUGCCGGUGAGGAAUCUGCGAGAUCGCUAUGAGAAGCUGAAGAGUUCAUUGAACAAUCGCUCGAAUACGCUGGAGAAGACACUUAUUCAAACGCAAAGUGUGCAGGGAUCUCUUGACAAGCUCGUGGGAUUGGUACUGCAGGCGGAGGAGCAGUUCAAGCAUCACUGGAGGCCGGCAUCGCUGAUUAAGGAGCAGUUGCUGGAUCAGAUCAGAGAGCACAAGGCCUUCCUGCAGAGCCUGGACUCGCACAGGGCGAGCAUCAACAGCUUCAAAAUGUCGAGCGAUGUGCCGAAGGCUCUGGUGAACAAGUUCAUGGACACCAAGGCGAAGUUCGAUCAGCUGUACGAUCGUGCCGUGGAGCAUGGAGAUUUCCUGGAGAAGACGCUUGGCGAGUUGAACAAGUUCAACAACGAAUACACGGCUCUGGAGAAGGAGAUUAUCAAUCUGCAGGAGAAUGUCGAGGGCGCAGAGUUCAAUUAUCUGCCGGCUGAGUACAUGAGUCACAUGCAGGAGAUCCUCAACACGAAGAGCCAACUGGAGCCGAUGUUCCACAACUGUGUUCAGCUGGGCAAGGACUUGAUCUCGAAGCGCGACGUGACGAAUGUGGGCGUGGUGCGAGAUCAGGUGAAGCACUUGGAGAAUCUGUGGAAGAACCUCGUGGUGACGACAACAGAGAAGAGCAAUUUGUACAAGCAGAAAUCUGAGCACUUGAGCGCGUACAACAAGUUGAGGGAUCAAGUGAGAUCGUGGCUGGAGAGCUUCGAGGUGCGGAUCAACAAGUUGGCGCCCGUGUCGGUGGACUUUGAGGUGAUUCAGCAUCAGGUGGACGAGUGCCAGGCCAUCGUGCGUGAGCAUCGUGAUUACGGGACGACCAUUGACAAGCUGAAUGACUUGGGAUCGCAGUAUGAUAGCCUGAUCAGGGCGGAGAUUGCCGAUAAGCAACGCUCGGCUCAGUCGGGCACGGCCAAGAAGAUCUCCGUGACGAGCAUCAGGCGGCAGUCGAUUGACGUACAGUCAGGAAGGGUGAGCGAGACGACGCCCAUUCAGCUGCAGUUGCAGGAGAUCAACAAUCGCUACAACAUGGCAGGAGUGCGUCUGAGCGACCGACAGAAUGAGUUGGAGGGCUUGCGCGAUGAGAUCCGUCGUCACAGGGACAACAUGAAGAAUCUCAAUGGGUUCCUGGACAAGGUGCAGAAGCGCAUCCCCAAGGAGACGAUCGACUCCAACAUUGAGGCGGAGAAGUGCAUCAAUCAGUGCAGGAAGAUUCUGGAGGAGAUGUAUGAGAAGCAGAACCUCCUGGACUCCGCCAAGGUGAUGGUGAAGAAUCUGGCGGUGCGCAAGAGUCAAUCGCCUGGCGUGGAGAUGCUGAAGAAUGAGUUGGAUGGCGUGUGUCAGCGCUGGAAGGUGCUGAGUGACUUGUGCAAGGAGAAGAUUGCUGCGUCGGAGCAGCUGAAGGACUUCUUGGACACGCACAAUAAUCUGAAUGCGUGGCUGCAGGGCAAGGAGCGUAUGCUGACGGUGCUGGGACCGAUUUCGUCAGAUCCGCGCAUGGUGAAGACGCAGGUGCAGCAGGUGCAGGUGCUGAAGGAGGACUUCCGCACGCAAUUGCCACAGUUGAAUCAUCUGCAGAAUGUGGGGAAGAAUCUGGUGCAGCACUUCGAAGUGAAGUCACCAGAGUAUGAACUGGUGACGGUGAAGCUGAAUGCGCUGCAGAACAAGUGGGAUGAUCUCUAUGGACAGCUGAAUGAGAGAGCCAACAGUUUGGGCGCCGCUGCGAACACUUCGAAGGAAUUCGAUGCGGGACUCAAUCGCCUGAGAGAGUCUCUGAGGCAGAUCAAUGACAAUCUCGACGCCCUGCCGUAUGACAUGGACAAGGAUGAGUUGUUGAGGAAGAUUGAGAAUCUGGGCAGACAGCUUGAGGGACAGAGACCAUUGCUGGCGGACGCUGAAGCUGCCGCGGCGAAUCUGUGUGAGGUUCUCGAAGAUCCCAACUCCAGGGCGGAUGUAAACAAUCGCGUGGCGGAGCUGGCGAAGCAGUAUGAGACGCUGCAGAAGAAGCUGGACAAUCGCAGGGCGGAAGCCGAGAGAGCGCUGAGGGAAGGACGCCAAUUGGCGGAGAAUUGCGCGAGAGUCUUGGGCUGGUUGUCUGCCGAGGCGUCGGCGAUGAGUGACAAAUUGCUGGUGUCGGCUCACAAGCCAACACUGCAGCAUCAGAUUGACACUCACGAGCCCGCUUAUCACGAUAUCAUGGCCAGGGAGCACGAAGUGCGCAUGCUGCUGAAUCGCGGACGGGAUCUCACGGAUCCGGCGCUGCAGAGGGACUUGGAUAAGAUCUCCAGUCAGUGGGAUAGAGUGAAGAGGGACGUUGUGGAGCGUCACACGCGCCUGCAGACGUGCAUGGAGCACUGCAAGCAGUAUCAUGCCGCCGCUCAGUCUUUCCAGAACUGGCUGAGAUCCGCUGAAGAGAAGUUGUCGGCCAUCAAGUUGGGUGUGCUGAAGAAGGCGCAGUUGGAUCACCAGCUGAAGGAGCUGAAUGUGCUGCGAAGCGAGGUGUGGAAGAAGAGUGGCGAGUAUGAGAUACUCAAGGGCCUGGGCAACACUUUCCUGUCGGCGUGCGAUGUGGACAAGGAGCCCGUUCAGGGUGAAUUGCAGAGCAUCAAGGCGCGCUGGGAGAAGCUGAAUGCCGACUUGAAUGCGAAGAAUCAACUCUUCGACACGUACCUGAAGAAGUUGGCUGAUUUCCAGGAUGACUUGAGGAAUCUGGAUCAAAACACACGACGCUGUGAAGACCGAUUGGGUGCCUUUGAUGCCUUGGGCGGUGCUUCCAAGGAUCCGAAGUUGAUUGACAGAAUUCAGACCAUCAUUGCCGAUACCGAGAGCCUCGUGAAGCCACUCAAGGAUCUCCAGGCGGCUUCGAGGAAUGUGUCACGCGAGGUGGUGGACGUGGGCGGAAAUGCUGACCACCUGAUUAGCGAUGUGGACGCCAUUGGGGACAGGAUUGAUGAUCUGCAAGCGAAGCUUGGCGAUCGAUAUGAUGAGCUCAAGUCGGCGGCUUUGGUGUCGUCGCAGCUCAAUGAGAGAAUUAAGGGAUUCUCUGUGGAUUUGUCGUCAAUUGAGUCGCGCGUGAACAAUCUGCAGCCGCCAGCGAGAGAGAUUCCAGCGGUGAAACAGCAGAUUCACGAGGAUGCCAAUCUUCAGGGUCACAUUCAGGAUCUCACGGAGGCGAUUGGGGAGAUUCACGAUGCUGUCAAGGCGAACUACGAGUCCAGCUUCUCCAUUGACGCCAUGCAGACACGCGAGCAGAUCAGUGGCUUCCUCAGGACGCUGGACAAGUUGAGGAAUCAGGUGCGCGUGCACGAGGAGCAGCUCCAUCGUACGCUGACUUCACUUGAGCACUUCUACAAUGAGUAUUCCACUGUAACAACAGUGCUGAGGAAUGUGGAUGCGCAGGUGAAGGCGCUGAAGCCGAUCAGUUCGGAUCUGGAGCAGAUUCGGGCGCAACACGAGGAGUUCAAGUCCUUCACGCGCAAGACCAUCAAUCCGCUGAACAAUGACGUGGUGCAGUGCAAUCAGCUGGGCCAGGAGCUCAUCCGAUCGGCUCAUGGUGGCGUGUCGACGUUGAUGCUGGAGAAGGAUCUGGAGAAGCUCAAUGAUCUGUGGAAUGGCAUCAAGGUGAAGUGGAAUGAGCGCGAGAGGAGAAUCGAUCUGGGUUUGCUGCAGUCUGGGAAGUUCCAGGAGGCGCUCGAUGGAUUAUCCAAGUGGAUGGCGGACACGGAAGAGAUGGUGGCGAAUCAGAAGCCACCCAGUGCGGAUUACAAGGUAGUGAAGGCGCAGCUGCAGGAGCAGAAGUUCCUCACGAAGAUGUUGCUGGACAGACAGAAUUCCAUGACAUCGCUGUUCAAUUUGGGCCAGGAAGUGAUUGCUGGCUGUGAUCCGGCUGAGGUGAAUUCGAUUCAGCGUCAGCUCAAGGAUCUGCAGACACGCUUCGAUAAUCUGCAAAAUGUGGCGCAAACCAGGACGCUGGAUCUCGAGGAGGCGAUGAGGAUGGCAAAGAAGUUCCACGAGAAGAUUGUGCCGCUGGCGCAGUGGCUGAGUGAUGCCGAGAGGGCGGUGAAGAGGAUGGAAUUUGUGCCAACGGAUGAGGAGUUGAUUCAUCAGCGCAUCCGCGAGCAUGACAAGUUGCACGAGGAAAUCCUGGGCAAGCAGAGAGACUUCACGGAACUCACGGACAUUGCGGCGCAACUGAUGAAUCUCGUGGGUGAAGAUGAGGGUGUGAUUCUGAGUGACAAGGUGAAGAACAUUACGGAUCGCUACACAAAUCUCGUGGACGCCAGUGAGAACAUCGGGAAUGUCCUGGCCGCCUCCAGGCAGGGCUUGAGGAGUCUGGUGCUGUCGUACCAGGACGUGGUGGAGUGGAUGGAGGGCGUGGAGUCGAGACUGCACAGAUACAGAGUUGUGCCAGUGCAGGCGGACGCCAUUCUCGAGCAGAUGCACAAUCUCGUGGAGAUCAACGAAGAUGUGGCCAAUCAUGCGCCUCAAGUGGAGGCGAUUGUGGACACAGGAGCGGAGCUGAUGAAGCAUAUCACGUCGGACGAGGCGCUGCAGCUGAAGGACAAGCUGGAUUCGCUGCAGAGACGCUACGGUGACAUCGUGAAUCGCGGCAGUGAAUUGCUGAAGCACACUCAAGAGGCUCUGCCGCUCGUGCAGCAGUUCAAUGAGGCACACCAGCGCCUCGUGGAGUGGAUGCAGGACACAGAGAACAUCCUCGUGGCCACGGACAUCAGCGAACCGGAGUUGUUCAGGAUGGAGAGUGAGAUUCCACAGAUGCGGCAGGUUCUUGACACAAUCAAUGGGAUUGGGCCGCAGCUGAGUGCUCUUUCGCCGGGUGAGGGUGCCGUGACGAUUGAGAGCCUCGUGGCCAGGGACAACAGACGCUUCGAUGGCAUUGUGGACCAGAUUCAGCGCCGCGCCGAGCGUCUGCAACUGAGCAAGCAGCGCUCCAAGGAGGUGAGGAAUGAUGUCGAUGAGUUGCUCGAGUGGUUCAGAGACAUGGAGGCGAAUCUGAAGGAUGCGGACGCUCCAGCACUGGAUCCGAAGGUGGUGAGAGCUCAGUUGUCUGACCACAGGAAGGUGAACGAUGAGAUUUCGAGUCAGAGAGGACGCGUGAGAGAUGCUCUGGCGGCAGGGAAGCGCGUGAUCAGGGACUUCCAGCCGAACAAGGCAGAUUUGGAGUUGAAGGAGAAGCUGGAGGAUCUUAAGGAUCUCGUGGAGACUGUUGUGGGCCUGAGUUCUGAUAGAUUGAGCAUCCUGGAUCAGGUGUUGUCGCUGUCUGACCACUUUGCCGAUACGCACAACACUCUCAUGACCUGGAUGGAUGAUCUGGAGUUGAAGAUAUCCAAUCUGGGACUGCCAGCAAUCCGAUCUGACCAGAUUGCCAUUCAGCAGGAUACCAAUGAGCGACUCCUGCAAUCUGUGCUGGAUCACAAGCCGCUGUUGAGCAAGCAGAACAAGACGGGUGAGACUCUGGGCACGCUCGUGCGCGAGGAGGAUGUUGAGAAGGUGUACGAGAUCCUGGAGGAGGAGAAUGCAAGAUAUGCAGCCCUGAAGAAUGAACUCCUGAACAGACAGCACGCCUUGGAGCAGGCAAUGCAGGAAUCUAGUCAGUUUGCCGACAAGAUCGACGGAAUGCUGCGCGCUCUGGCCAACACAACUGACCAACUCAAUCAGGCCGAACCUAUUUCCGCCCAUCCGCCGAAGAUCCGAGAGCAAAUCUCGGAGAAUAAGUCGCUGAAGAAUGACCUGGACAAUCGCAGCAAUGCCUUCAACACUGUGCAGAAGAUUGCCAAUGAUGUGAUCAGCAAGGCGCCAAACAAGAGUGAUCCUGUGGUGAAGGACAUCAGCAAGAAGUUGGACAAGCUCACGAAGCUCUGGGACGAUGUCAAUAGUAAGAUCAACAAGCGAGGAAAUGCCCUUGACGACACGUUCAAGGUAGCUCAGCAGUUCUGGGAGAACCUGAAGUCCACGAUGGAAGCGCUGAAGGAUCUGCAAGAGAACCUGCGCUCUCUGGAGGCGCCAGCGGCACAGCCACAGGAGAUCCAGAAGCAGCAAGUGGCUCUACAGGAGAUCAGAUACGACAUCGAUAAGACAAAGCCGCGCGUGGAGGAUGUUCGUCAGACGGGCAACAAGCUCAUGUCGCUGUGCGGAGAACCGGAGAAGCCUGAGGUGAAGAAGCACAUUGAGGAUCUCGAUCGUGCGUGGGACAACAUCACGGUGCUCUAUGCUAAGCGCGAGGAGAACCUGAUUGACGCCAUGGAGAAGGCGAUGGAGUUCUACGACACGCUGAAGAGUGUGACGGACUUCCUGGAUCAGUAUGAGGAGAAGUUCAGGCGUCUGGGACCAAUUGGCUCAGAUGUGGAUGCGGUGAAGAAGCAGAUUGCCGAGCUGAAGGACUUCAAGAAUCAUGUGGAUCCGUACAUGGUGAAGAUCGACUCGCUGAACAGGCAGGCGAUGGAGCUGACGGAGAAGACGGGCACGGAGCAAGCGCAGAGCAUCAGGGAUCUGCUGAACGGUGUGAACAGAAGAUGGGAGAAUUUGCUGCACAACAUGGUGGAGAGGCAGAAGAAUCUGGAGCACGCUCUGCUGCAUCUCGGUCAGUUCCAGCAUGCGUUGAAUGAGUUGCUGGUGUGGAUUGAGCGCACAACGGACACGCUGGAUCAAUUGAAGCCAGUGCUGGGUGAUCCGCAGCUGAUUGAAGUGGAACUGGCGAAGCUGAAGAUUGUGGCCAAUGACAUUCAGGCGCACAAGAGUAGCGUGGACACGCUGAAUGAUGCCGGAAGACACUUGAUUGAGAGCAACAAGGCCAGCCAGGAGGCGUCGACCACCAAGGACAAGCUUUCUACGCUGAACAGGAAGUGGUCAGCGCUGCUGCAGAAGGCGUCUGAUCGUCAGCAUGAGCUCGAGGAGUAUCUGAAGGAGGCUCAGCGGUAUUUCGCCGAUGUGCAGGACAUGCUGGGAUAUCUGGGCGAUGUGGAUGCAGUGAUUGGCGCCAGUAAGCCAGUCGGAGGGCUUCCGGAGACGUCUUCUGAACAGCUGCAGCGCUUCAUGGAAGUGUUCACAGAACUGGAGCAGACCAGGCCCAAAGUGGAGAUGCUCUUGUCUCAGGGCAAGGAGUAUGUGCAGAAGCAGAAUGAAUUGAAGGUGCCGUCUAAUAAUCUGCAGCACAUUCUGAGGACGCUGAAGCAGCGCUGGGAUGCCAUUCUGGCGAGAGCGUCGGACAAGAAGAUCAAGCUGGAGAUUGCUCUGAAGGAGGCCACGGAAUUCCAUGAUGCUUUGCAGCAAUUCAAUGAGUGGCUGACACGUACGGAGAAGACGUUGCAGAAUCUGGGCCCAGUUUCGCGUGUCCUGGAGACAAUCCAGAAGCAGAUGGAGGAGCACAAGGAGCUGCAGAAGGAUGUGUCCAAUCACAGGGAGACAAUGCUGCUGCUGGACAAGAAGGGCACGCAUCUGAAGUACUUCAGCCAGAAGCAGGACGUGAUCUUGAUCAAGAAUCUGCUCGUGUCCGUGCAGCACAGGUGGGAGAGAGUCGUGGCGAAAACAUCGGAGCGCACGAGGGCUCUGGAUCAUGGUUACAAGGAGGCGCAAGAGUUCUAUGACGCCUGGUUCAGUCUGGUACAGUAUCUGAGGGAGGCUGACGAGAACAUCAACACGCUGACGGCCGAUCUGGCGUCCAAGAAGCCCACGAAUGCCAAGAAGUGCCUGGAGAAGUUGCAGGAGAUCCAGAGGAAUGUGUCUCAGCGCCAAGGGCAGUAUGACACAGUGAUGAGGAAUGGGAAGCAGCUGAAGGAGCGCGCGCCCAAGAGCGACGAACCGGCUCUGACCAGGAUGUUGGGUGAAUUGAAGGAGUUGUGGACAAGAGUGUGCUCCGUGUUGACAGAUCGUCAGCGGAAGCUCGAAGAGACACUCUUGCUCUCUGGGCAGUUCUCAGAGGCGCUGCAGGCGCUGCUCGAGUGGCUGAGGAAGUCCAAGGUGAAGUUGUCCAGUGACACGCCUCUCUAUGGUGAUCUGGACACAGUGUCCAAGCUCAUUGACGCCCACAAUGCGCUGAAGAGUGAGCUGAAUAGCCGCUCGUCGCAAAUGCAGAGCGUACUGAAAACGGGCAGGCAACUCGAGGCCACGGCUGAUGCGAGAGACAUUUCUGAGCAUCUGACGGAGCUGCAGUCGCUGUGGGAAGAGGUGCAGGAGCUGGCGAGAGCGAGGAGUGCCAAGCUGGAGGAUGCGCAGCGCGAGGCUGAGAAGCUGCACAAGAAUGUCCACAUGCUGCUCGAGUGGCUGGGCGAGGCGGAGCAGAAGCUGAGAUUCGCGUCGGCGCCCAACAAUGAGGCGCAAAGUCUGGAGUUGUUGCGCGAGAGUGAGUCAUUCCUGCGGGAGUUGCGCGAGCAGGAGAUCAACAAGAGGGACACGCUGGACUUGGCGCACAGAAUCCUGGCCAAGGCGCAUCCGGAGGCAGUGCCGAUCAUUAAGAAUUGGAUCACAAUCAUCGAGUCACGCUGGGAUGAAGUGCUGCAGUGGGCAAAGGGCAGGAAGGACAAGCUGGAGACGUACCUCAAGUCGCUCAAGGAUCUCGAUGAGACCAUUGACAAUCUGCUGGCGUGGCUGAGGAGUCUGGAGAACAGGCUGCUGGAGCUGCAGCACGAGCCGCUACCAGAUGAGAUUCCGCCACUGGAGCGCCUGAUUGAGCAGCACAAGGAGUUCAUGGAGAGCAUCGCGGCCAGACAGCAGGAAGUUGAGGUGGUGUGCAAACCCAAGCCGACCACGAUUCAGGAUGCGCGCAAGCAGAGUCGCGGCAGAUUGGCCAAGUCGAGUCAGAGCAGGGAUCAGACGCCGGAGAAGGACAGGCUGCCGCACAUUGGGCCGCGCUUCCUCACCAGCUCAGCCGACAUGCAGUUCCGAUCGCCGCGGGCGCAGACGCUGUGGGAACAGUGGAGAAUCGUGUGGCAGAUGUGCUGGGAGAGGCAAAAGCGCCUGCACGACCACCUUCUCUAUCUGCAGGAUGUCGAGAGGGUGAAGCAGUUCAGCUGGGACGAGUGGCGCAAGCGCUUCCUCAAAUACAACAACCACAAGAAAUCGCGGCUGACGGAUCUGUUCAGGAAGAUGGACAAGGACAACAACGGGCUCAUCCCCAGAGAUGUCUUCAUCGAUGGAAUUAUCUCAACCAAAUUCCCAACAUCUCGCCUGGAGAUGGAGACAGUGGCCGAUCUGUUUGACAGGAAUGGCGAGGGCUUGAUCGACUGGCAGGAGUUUAUUGCGGCUCUGCGUCCGGACUGGCAAGAGAGGAAGCCAGCGACGGAUGCGGACAAGAUUCACGAUGAAGUAAAACGUCUGGUGAUGCUGUGCACGUGUCGCCAGAAGUUCCGUGUAUUCCAGGUUGGAGAGGGCAAGUACAGAUUCGGAGACUCCCAGAAGCUACGCCUCGUGAGAAUCCUGCGCAGCACCGUGAUGGUUCGCGUGGGCGGCGGAUGGGUGGCUCUUGAUGAGUUCCUGGUGAAGAAUGACCCUUGCCGAGUCGAUGAGCAUUUGGCCGAGUUGAUGCCAAUAUUUGAGCGGUUGAGGGCACAAGAGCAAGUCCCAUGUGCUUUUCCGCUGCACAUGGGCGCCGGCGGGACGCUCUUCCUGCGCGGUGACGCCUGGAGCACGUCACUCAGUCCACAUGCGCCCCACUGUCAUCCCUCCACGCACUGGAUCCGCGAAAGGUCUCAACGGUCCGUGGCGAUGUCACGUCCAACACGAUCAUCCUUGUCCGCCUCCACGCCUGACUCUCUCAGUGACAAUGAGAGCUCCUCUGGAUUGAGGCGCUUCUCAUCCCGAACACCGUCUCUGAGAACUCCUGGAUCGAGGGAGAAUUCCAAACCCGGCUCCAGGCCUUCGAGUCGUCCGGGUUCGAAGCCACCAUCGCGACAGGGAUCUCAGCUGUCCCUCGAUGGAUCUGACGACACACCGUCAAGGAUUCCACAGAGGCAGACGCCGACUUCCUCCUAUCCGAGGGUGUCUCGAUUCGGAGCCACGACGCCAAAAUCCAAUGGAACGCCACUCCUGAGCCCUUCUGAGAGACAAUCUGGCUCGGCGCCCUUCCAUUUGUCCUCGACGCCGCCACGCUCGAGCGUCGACCGACUUUCAACGGCGUCCAGCACGAAGAGGACAACAACGACGUCCUCAACGCACUCGGCAACGAAACGAUGAAGAUGCCAACACAACAACGAACAGCAGCUCACAAAAGACACGAGAAGCAAGGAGAGGAGAAGCACUAAUCCUUAUGUUUAUCGUAUUAAUUCGCGCGGUUAAGAUGACCCCUAAUCCUCACAUUCUGUCUUAAAUUAACCACCAAAUCACACCCUAAUCGCUAAAGUCACUCAUCCAACGAAUUACUAUAGGUUUGCAGGUGUAUUUCCUAAUUUUUCCAACCGCCCAAAACGUGGGCGCGUGUUUAUCGAAGUUUACUUUAGAGAAGAUGCAAUAAAGUAUAUUUAUAGGUUUUAAAUUGUGACAAGAAUUGUAAAAGCACUUAUACAGAAAAAAAAAAAUUCUCAAGAGAUGAAAGUUGCAAAAAAGAAAAAUCCACUUUCUAUACCAAUAUUUUUGUGAGUUAAUCAUAAAUAGAGAAAAGAUGGAAAAUAAAAGGAGCAUUGUUGCAAUUAAUCACGACACCUUAACGUGUUCCUAAAAAAAUGACUUAACAAAUUUAUAUAAUAUGUAUUUGAAUUCAUACCAAAAGUUAUAUUGCAAAAUGAUGAUGAGAAAUCACGAUAAAAAUGGUUUAUAUAAUAAAAGUGAACUUUUUAUAUUAUUAAAUGAGAAUUCUAAAAAAAAAUCUACUUAUAUGAGAAAAUAUUAAGCAAAUUAAUUCAAAGUUUAAUAAAUAAAAACACUUCUUAUAAAAAAAAAUAAA